CCCGCCCCGCCGGGAGGCAGGCGCUAGGGGCAGCGCGACGCCCUCGGCCCGCGGCCUUUCGCCCUCCCCUCGGGCUCCCCUCCCACCCUGCAGCCCGCGGGGAGGAUGCGGAGGCAGCGGGGCCGCGCAGCACCGCGGGGCGCGGAGGCGGCGGCGGCGGCGGCGGGGACAUGAUCCCGGAGGGCGGCUGGGCGCUGGGGCCGCUCCUGCUGCUGCUGCCGGCGCUGCUGCAGUGCGCGGGGCGGCGGCGGGCAAUUGUGAACAGAUCAGUUCCAGAUGUCUGUGCAACUUGCCACACUCAUGCUACAUGUCAUCAAAUUGAAGGAAAAAGCGUCUGCAUCUGUAACUAUGGAUUUGUAGGCAAUGGAAGAACCCAUUGUCAAGAUAAAGAUGAAUGUCAGAUUGGAGCCAACAAGAUUUGUGGAAAUCAUACAUUGUGUCAUAAUACCCACGGAAGUUUUUACUGUGUUUGCCUUGAUGGAUACCGAGCCUCCAACAACAACAAGACGUUUAUUCCCAAUGAUGGCACAAACUGUACAGAUAUCGAUGAAUGUGAGGAGUCUGGGUUGUGUGGUCAAAAUGCAAGAUGCGUGAAUACUGAAGGAAGCUACAAAUGUUACUGCAAUGAUGGUUAUAAAUUAGAAAAUGGAGAGCAUUCUUUUCAUCCAGAUGGGAACAUAGUUUCAUGCAAAGAAAUUGGAUGUGGUUCCCCUCCUGAAGUGAAGCAUGGCUACAUUGUGGGGAACUACAGCUUGCUAGCAGGAAGUGCGGUUCAUUAUGAGUGUGAAGAAGGGUUUUACAGCAACGAGGGAAAGUUCUCAUAUUGCACUGCAAAUGAAACUUGGGAACCUGCCACUUUAAGCUGCAAAGGUGUGGAUUGUGGGGUUCCACCUUCUGUUUUAAAUGCGCAUCCAGCAUCUGUAAGUGGGACCACAUAUGGAAGUGAAGUUACUUACAAUUGUGUUCAUGGUUACUUUAUUGCAAGCGGUAAUCAGAGUGCAGUCUGCAAUGCCAGAGGACAGUGGGAUGGUACUGAUUUGGUGUGCAAAGAAAUAGACUGUGGCAAACCUUUGCUGAUUCCACACACGGAAAUGAUCUGGGACAACUCUACCACUCUAUGGAGCAGAGUGUACUAUCAGUGUAAAGAAGGAUAUUAUUUUAAUGGAGACAGGAAUUUUUCAGAAUGCACAAUGGAUCAGUCGUGGGAGAAUAUUACAUACAUAUGCAAAGAGGAGGAAUUAUUCAGUAAUCUGUCCAUAUUCAAUGAAACGUGUGUGAAGUGGCAAAGGAAAACUGGAAGACUGGGAAUGAGGGUAACGUACACAUUUCACAUACUGGGCCAAAGAUGGGAUGAGAAGACAUUCUCAGAAGAUGCAAUAUUUAACAUCACUACAAGUGAAGAUAAUCCAAAGGUGUGUUUAGAUCUCAACUCUGGCAGUAACUACGUGGUGAAUAUUACUACCAUCUCUUCCACAAACAUCACUGUCUCAGUGACAGUAGCAGUUCAAACAAAGGUAAAGGAAGCUUUCAAUAAUGUAUUAAUUUUUAAUGAUACCUGCUUGAAAUGGCGGAGAAAUUUCAGGGGAACUGGUGUGGAAGACAGAUACUCAUUUCACGUGCAAGGCCAUCGUUGGUAUCAGAAGGAGUUCUUUCAUGAAAUGACCUUCAACCUUACCACACACAAGCAGGCUCCAGAAGUUUGUUUUGAUUUGCAGCCAGGCACCAAUUACUCUAUUAAUAUUUCCAUGGUAGCUUUGAAUUUUUCACUGCUCGUUACCAUGACAACACAAAUCACAGAUCCCCCUUUCCCAGAUGUAGAAUUUGUUUCAGUAAAAGGUUCUGCACCUUUGCUCAGACUCCGGAAAGCAGAAGAUCGAAAUGGACCGAUCAGUCUUUAUCAAGUGAUUGUGCUUCCUCUGGGUUUGCAAAGCACUUUUAUUUGUGACUCCUUUGCUGCUGCAACUUUCUUUAGUAACACCGCUGACGCUAAAGGAUAUGUGGCAGCUGAAUUUCGGGCGAUGGAUGUUGCUGAUAACAUGUCAAUUGCUCUUGGAGACAGACAUUACUACGGGAAGUUUUAUAAUGCUCCUUUAAACCUGGGAGAAGAGUAUUGUGUUUUUUUGAGAGUAAUAAGUGAGUGGAAUAAGGUGAGAACACAGUCCUGUGCUGUUUGGGCACAAAUUAAAAAUUUAUCACCCACUCUGCAAUACAUGACUGCUGUUGGAUUAGCGUCAGUUGCUGCUGUUUGCCUUAUACUGUUCCUCUCAUUCUCAGCAGCACGCUCUUCUCUCCACAGCACAGUGCACUCCCCGCCUGCUGCUUUAGCCUGCGAGGCUGUACAUUUAUCUGCUCCAGUGGAUGUGGCACAAACAGGGAUUACAUCAUCAUUCCUAGAGACUGAAAAUGUCUCUCUUCUCUGAUGUGUUACCCCCUAAAGUCAGUAUAGAGAAAAUGCACUCUUCUUACCAAAGCCAGCAUCUGUCGGGUAUGGACAUAUAUGCACAGCACGUAUGUACUAUAGCAUGGGCAGUUGAAACGUGUUUGUUACUGGAAGUGAGAUGCUUAUUGUUGCCCCUUGUUUCCAGAUGGUGGUAUAUGUAAAGGAGAACCUUCGCUCACAAACAGGUUUGUGUCAGAGACAUUAGCAUGCGUCCCAUGUGUUGGCCACAGGCUUUCAGCUAUUCCAGCCACAUGAAUGCCUGAUAAUGAGUGUCUGUAUUGUACUUUAUUGCAUGAAUAAUCCCCGGAUGCAGUUGAGAUUGUCUGUCGAUCAACUGGUAUUUUGGAUACCUUAGGACACAAACUGGCCCAUUAUGGGAGAAAAUAUAGAUCAACCCUUAUAUCAGAUAAAAUGCCUGUUGUAUUUCCAAGUAUAAAGGUAGAAGACUUUCAUCAGUCACUUACGGGUAAUGGUACUUCAAUAACAAGUAUAGAGUUGUUAGCCAUAAAAUUGUCACAUUUAAAUAGUGUCAGCAACAGAGGUGUUCCAGAGGUACUGCAAUCAUUGCUCAUAGCAAUUAGCAAUAAUUGCAAAUAAUAUACCAGUCUAUAAAACUGCAGUUUGCCAAAAAGCUGAGUAGCUUUAAUGGCAUGUGAAACUAAUUCAAAUAAGGAGCUACCUGUGUUCAGUGCAGUUUUGUUAAUCUCUGAUCAAUAAUUACAGCUAAGUAAAACCAUUAAAUCAUUAUCUGAUUAAUGAGCUGGUGUGUACCAUCUGGUUAGAGUUACUUAAUAAAGUACAAUUAACCAAUUUCCUAUGGCAUACACCCAGUUAAUAUUUUUUCCUUCUGUAAGAAAGAAUCAAGUGCUUGUGAUUACUUCCGCUCCUGUUCAGAAGUUGCUUUGAGAUAUAUUAGCAAAAUCAUUUUGUUAACUGGUGAAAUAAAGAAGCAAGAAUUUUGGUUUUUA